GUCUUGCGCUUUCGAGACCUAGAGAUUGUAUCGAGAUUCCAUUUCGUUUGUCGUUUUUUCUUGAUGAUGCGUUGCGACCGGUGGAGUUUUGGUGUCGAACGGAUUUUCUUGAUUCCACAUCAAGAUGUUGUUCAUGAUUCGUGCUAUCCGGUUUUGUUCUUGUGAAUUUGGUGCAUCCUAGCGCCUUCGUUGCGGGUUUCCGUGAUCCGCUCUUAGAGUUCUCUUUUGGCCAUCGAUGGCAUGGCGUGCAGCGGUUUCAGGAUACGAAGAAAUCGUAUCAAGAUUUUACUUCAUGUCGGCGGCAUGUUUGUAGUGGUUGCAAGAACUAGUAUCGGAAUUGACUUAACCGAUCUGAUAUGAAGAAAUUGUAUCGAGAUUCAAUUUCAUAUCAAGAAUCGGUCAUUUUUGCUUGAAAGAAUUUUCUUGGGUGGUAGACCAAUCUAGGGUUACAAAAUUAUUCAUGUUUUGUGCCACCCUCCAUGUGUUUGUGCUUUGCUCUGAUAAAGGGAAUAUGAGGUAGUGGUGGGUUUUAACGGUGGAGUACGAAGCUGCUUGGACCGAAGCGACCAAUACCUAUUUGGUUUUGAUCUUUGAUGUUUAAUGGAUGAUAUAUUCUGGAAAUUAAAUUGGGAAUGCAUUGUAGUACUUGGAAAUUUGUUAGCCAGAUCAUGCUUGUCACUCAUUCAUUUGGCCAUUUGGUAGCUCCUUCGAGGACUCGAAUCCUUUACUUUUUCCAGUCUCUUCCUCUACUAUUUCUAACGUGUUUUACCAUGUGCGGAUAUACUUGGAAGUAAUUGUCUUUUACCUGUUCCUUUUAUUACAUGUUUGAAUCGAUGGUAAAUUGAUAUGAAGUAUUAAUAUUUCUUCUACCACUCUACUAUCGUUCUCUAUUCUAUGUUUAAUUUCAAUUAUUCGGCUCUAUGAUUUCAUCUAAUAUUAACCUGGUUCAGAAUCAGUGGAUUUUAGAAUUUGUGAUUCGACCAUACGUAUCAAAUAUUUAGAAAGUGAGAUCCCAAAAGAACAAAUUAAUUUGUUGAGCUAAUCAUACUCUUCAUGUUUUUUUUUGUGCUGUUUUAACUUUAUGAUGCGCUUUAUUUAAGUUAAUAUUCUGAUUUAUUCACAAUACCGUAAGAAACGGUCAGAAACUGUUUUUUAGGCUAACCAAUUUGUAACUCCAUAUUGCAAAUCACAGCCAGAGCAUCAAGGACAUCCUUUAUGUUAGAAGAUAUCAUGGAGUGUAUAUUAUGUAAUUUGCAUAAAGUUCAGAAAAGUUUGCACUUUUGGCAAUCUCGGGCUGAGGGAACAAAUGCUCAGAAGAUUUAUUUCAUGAUCUUUGAAAGAAGACCAUAGGGCUUUAUCGAUGGGACUUAUGAAAUGUUAAGCAGAAUUGGAAUGAAUGGAUCUCCCUUCCAGCAUUUAUCUCAUGUUGCAUUCGAAAGCUGAAGCUGGAUCUUGAGACGAUAAGAGUGCAGAAGGCAGAGGGAGAGUUGCUCGCAGGCAAAGAAGGCUUCUUGUUGUCGAAGUUGAGAGGAGACUAGUGCAGUUCCAGACUUGCAUGGAUCAAGGAAAGGAGGAGGAUGCUCGAUGCACAGAGGGAAUGGUGCUGUAUAAGCCAGCGGAAAGGCAUGCAAAGGAAACCGGCGAGUGGAUGAGGCCGCGAGAGUGUGUAGGCAUGCUACCGUUUGAUCCUCCAUCACCGAGUUCGAUGGUGGGACCCGCAUCAAAGAUACGAGGGGAUCCGCCAACAUUGUUGACGGCCGAGAUUAGAUCAUACAAAUCCAUCCCUGGAUCCUCAUCGCGGCGGUACAAGCUAAACUGAACAUGAUCUUUGGUUAAAUCUAACUCUGCAUCUCCUUCCUACGGCUCCAUCCAGUCUUCACAACCGAGUAGAUGAUGGGAAAGAUUUGAGCGGUUACGUAACUCUGUGGACGGCCGAGAUCACAUCAUACAAAUCCAUCCUUGGAUCGUGAUCGCGCCGCCACAAUCUAAACCGGACAAGAUCUGGGACAAAUCUAACGGCCACCACGGAGCUCGAUGGUAGGAUCUACGGGGAAGAUAUCGAGGGGUUGCGUCCACACUUUGGACAGCGGGGACUUAUCAAAAUCCAUCCCUGGAUCCGGAUCGCUUCGCGUUCGAGAACCCGCGUCGGUCAACUUGUCUGACGACCGAUGUACGGUCGGGAUUCUUCCAUCGAGAUGACACAAAAGCUCUCCCCUCCUCUCCCUCGUUUCCUUCGCCCUUACUCUGUUUUCGCUGCAACGGCGGAGGCGGGGAGAGAAGCUAAGGGGAAGUUGUCUGUCGUCCUUCUCCCCUUCUUUUUCUCCCUCUUAUAAUUCUUAUCUAUGGAUCCUCCGGCGGCGGACGCGCAGAACGAGAGGGAGGGGUUUCUCGCCCUGGUGGACUCCUUCCUCGUUGAUGCUCUCGAGAAUCCUCGCCAUCGGCUCACCGUUCUGCGAAUGGAGUUGGCCAUCCAGAGGUUCAUGCAGAAUCCUGAUCAACAUCAAUUUGAAUUUCAGCAUUUACCGACUUCCUAUCUAAGGUGUGCUGCACAUCGUGUUGCUCAGCACUAUGGGCUUCAUACCAUGUCACUCGACAACUCGGUAGAUGGUCUAGGCAGCAGGGUGAUAGCCAGGAAAACACCUAAUAGCAAAUAUCCAGCUAUCUGUUUAUCAGAAGUUCCUCCAAAACAAAAUGAAAAGGAAAUUGCUGAACAAUUUAAGAUUGCCAUUCGUCCAAGGCCAAUGAAAGGUUGCCUGAGUGAUGAUGUCGAGCUGGGACUCAAAAAAGGUGCAGUGAGAUCUGUGGAAGAGCGCAAGGAGGAAUAUGAUAGAGCACGUGCCCGCAUAUUUAGUGGCUCUAGCAGUUUGGAGGGGGAUGGAUCAUCGUCUGCUGAUUCAAUUGACAGGAGAAGCUUGCCUUCCAGUAUGGAUGAGCAGGAAUAUGCACUAGAGGAGAUCGAAAAGACCCAUAGCAAAGAUAGUGCAUCUAGGGUUGCCAUUUUCCGAGAUAUGGAGAAGGACCGCACUGAUCCAGAUUAUGAUCGGAGUUAUGAAAGGUACGUUAGAGGACCCGCAGCGUACCAGAAUUUUGGUCUGCAAGCAUGCAAUAUUCUUCAGCCUCCUUUUGUUCAGUACGAGGCAGAUGUUUCCUCAUUCAGCCCCAUGUCAAGGAACCUAGCUAACCCAUCGGUGAACCCAUAUUUUGCUUUCGGAUACAACCAGAACACAAAGGAUGCUUUCUGCAUGCAGUGGCCCAACCCUGCCAUGAUGUAUGCAUACUCCUUCGAACACUUCAGGCAGGCUAAGUUUCAGGCACCAUUGUAUCAGCAACCUCUGAGCUUUGAGCAUCCGAGGAACUUCUAGCCCUAGGCAAGCUGUGUCCAUCUGUUCUCUUUGGAUGUAGAGUAGACGUGGGUUGUUGUUUUGUACUGCUACUUUAAAGACUCUUUAGUCUUUGAUUUGGAGGUAGGGGGACACUUGUGUUGUUUGUGUGGUAGAUAUGUGAUCGCCUCUGUACUUUGAUUGCA